GGCAAUUGAGGUCGAUUUUUUGGGCAGAUGAAAUUUCCAAGAUAGACUAUGAGGUGUUUGGUGAUGUGUUAGCUUUUGAUGCGACUUAUCACACUAACAAGUAAGGUUUUGCAAACUGGCACUUUUUUUCCCCUUUAACAUAUUAUUACCUUUUGUUUUUUUUCUUUGUCAUGCAGGUACAACAUGAUUUUUGUUCCUUUCACUGGUGUUGAUAAUCAUAAACAAUGUGUGACAUUUGGUGCUGGCUUGCUAUUCAAUGAAACCACCGAGUCUUACAAGUGGUUACUUGAAUCAUUUCUGAAGGCACACAAGAAGCAACUAAAGUUAGUUCUGACGGACCAGGACCCUUCAAUGAAAGCUGCCAUUUCAAAGGUUUUCACAGACGCUCGGCACCGCCUUUGCAUGUGGCAUAUUAUGAAAAAACUUCCAACCAAGAUUCAUGGAGACCUAUUACAAAACUCUGAGUUAAGGGCAUUGAUGCAUCGUUUGGUAUGGAGUAUUCACAUGAAACCAUCUACAUUUGAGACACGUUGGCAACUUUUGAUGGAGGAAUAUGGGUUACAAGAUCACGACUGGUUGAAUGAUAUGUACUCAAUUAGGGACCAAUGGGUACCUGCCUACUUCCGUGAUAUCCCAAUGUGUUGUCUGAUGAAGACUACAUCAAGAUGUGAAAGCUCUAACUCAAGCUUCAAGGUCAACUCUACUAGUGCUAACACACUAGUUCAGUUCAUGCUAUGUUAUGAAACUAGGAUAGACAAUCAGCGUUACAGGCAACGUGUUGCAGAGUUUAAAACCUCAUCUAGUGUAUUCAUGGACAGUACUGAUUUAGCUAUUGAGAAGCACGCUUUUGAGCUGUACACAUAUGCAAUUUUCACAGAGGUAAGAAAAGAGAUAUACAAGGGGAAGUUGUUUUGUUACAUUCUAAACACGGAGGAUUGUGAUGAUGUUUGUGUUUACUAUGUGAAUCAGUUGGACAAGCGAAGCAGUGCAACUAACACAUUCACGGUUAAACUUGAGUUGAGUAAUCAGUCGGUCUCUUCUUCAUGCAACAACUUCAUCCGUAUUGGAUAUCUGUGUAGGCACAUCUUUUGUGUUUACCGGGUAAACAAUAUUGAAAAAAUCCCUGCCCAGUUUGUUGUUAAGCGUUGGACUAAGGACGUGCUUCCCAAAAGUAUAUUUUCUAUUGAGCGUCGAUACGGCGUUGACACCCGUCCACAAGCUGCUGCGAGAAGUCAGAUUCUUGAGAUUGUAACCGAAUGUGUAGAUGCAUUAAGAAGUGAUGUUGGAGGACUUUCUACUUUCGCUGAGCAGAUAAAGGAACUGAAAUCCAAGUUACUAAAUGGAGGACCAGUUGAUGACGAAGCCAAGAAUGAUAACUAUGCUGCUGUUGAAGAAUUGCUUGGUGUUUCUUUAGAUGGGGACGUAACUCUCAACAAUCCAGACGGGAUCAGGAACAAAGGAUGCGGCAAACGUCGACGAUUGUCUAGAGCAUCGCAGGAUGGAACGAGCAACUCUGCUAUCAAACCUCCCAAAACACCAAGGCUUUGCCGAACAUGUAUGAAGUACGUGACUGGGCAUGAUUCAAGAAAUUGCAAGAAAAAGAAGAAGAAUAAAUCGGGUAACGAGGAUGAGGACUCAAGCUCUGCGAGUCAGGAGUCCACUUGA